AUGAUUAUGGCUCUAGAUCACAAAACGAAAACUGUUGUCUUGAUAGUUUUUAUAGGUAGCGUCCUUACUAUUCUGCAGUAUUGGCUACUGCGUCAAUCCACUGUUUUAGGGGGUAAAACUGCUGAAGUACAUGGAAUGACCAUGGACGAGUUUAUGUUAAGUGGAGAAAAGAAUCACGGACGGGACUUAAAGCUGAUUUUAUUCUACACGCAAUUAUUUGGUCGCUUGCCAUGGCCAGGUUUAACCAACAAUUACAACUUCACACACUGGAAUAGAGUUCCUUGUCGUGUGCAAGCAUGUAAAAUAACCUAUAACAAGAGCCAUCUGAUACACAGUGAUGCAGUUAUAUUUCACGGCCGAGAUUUACCAAGCACAGCACACAUGAAGCAGAUUCUGAGCGUCAAACCCUUCAAUCAGAGAUGGGUUUACUUCAUGCACGAAAGUCCAAAAUUUACUUACUAUGAUCCUUCGUUAUACAAUGGCUUCUUCAACUGGACGAUGUCGUAUCGGAGGGAUUCAGAUUUUUUCGUUCCGUACCGUACGUACACACAACUGGGACCCGACGAGAUUGUCGAAAAACAGUCAGACACUACGAAUUACGCCAAAGACAAAAGCAGAUUGGCUGUUUGGAUUGUAAGUCAUUGUAAAGGGAUUAGAGAAGAUUUGGUUAGAAAACUGAUGAAGUACAUCAAGGUAGAUGUGUUUGGAAUGUGUUCAAAGCGUUUUAAUCAAACCAGCAUCUGUCCAAAAGCGACUCGAGGAUGCCGCGAAAUAUUGCUGCGUUACAAAUUUUUCCUAGCGUUCGAAAACUCAUACUGCGUUGAUUACAUAACUGAAAAAUACUGGUACACGCCACUAGAUCACAGUAUUAUUCCAGUAGUGCUAGGGAGUCCUUCAUACGACCAGCAAGUCGCUAUCCCCGGCUCUUUCAUUAACGCCAUGGAUUUCUCGUCGGUAGAGUCACUUGCUAAUUACAUGCUAUUCUUGGACAAAAACGAUAGUGCUUACAACAAAUAUUUUUUAUGGAGAAAACAGUUCAAGCCCGUACUACCGGAAUCCUGGACAUGUAAAAUGUGUGCCGCGCUUUAUAACAACUCUUUGCCGGUAAAAAUCUAUAACAACUUAAAUUCUUUCUGGGGCGAGGAAGACGCUUGUAGCGGAAACGAAAGAAAAGUAAGACGAUUUGUUGAGCAACUUAAUUAA